UGGCUGAAGCAUUCAUCAGGCACUGCUGGUGCUGCUGCUGCUGCUGCUGCUGGUGCUGCUGCUGCUGCUGCUGCUGCUCUUUUCGCCGUCCACCGCCGCCUCUUGCCUCCCCAUGGGCGGCAAGCGUGGCCGCGGCGGUGGUCAUCCUCGCGAGCUGGCCGCAGCUGCGCUCCGCCGCCUGCCGUCUCCACCGGCGAGCCGCUCUGCGCUGCUGGCGGCGCUUCUGCUCGCCAGCUCCGCCCCGGCACGGUGCCGCGCCGCGGGGCCACGGCUGCACGCAGGCAGGCCCACGAAUUGCACACGGCCUGCGCUGGCCGUGGGGCCGCUGAUCAACAGCUCGGCGGAGCUGAACCGGGCGCUGAAGCGUCACAAGCGGCUGUUGGUCGGCUUCUCCGCGGCCUCGUGCACGACCUGCUGCACCCAGGAGCCCCUCUACGAGGAGGCGCUGCCGCUGCUGCCAAAGGGUGUGCACUGGGUGCGCGUGGACAUGGACCGCCUGGAAGCCAAGGCUUUGGCCACGACUUACGAGAUCGAGUCGCUGCCUGCCGUCGUCUUCCUGCGGCGUGAGCGUGGCGUGAAGGCUGUCCGGCUCGUGGAGGCGCAGCGACCGCAGGUGCUGGCGGCCUUCGUGUCGAAGGUGUUGGCUCCUGUGCAACUGAUCUUCUCGGGGGGGCCUAUGUCGGACGGUACCUUCCACGGUGCAUGGCCAACGGCGGAGGACGACCUCUUCGGCGGGCUGCGGUCCCGCACGGCCAGGCACUUGGUUCGCGUCGCUGCGUUGUUCGAUGGGGAGCCAGAGGAAGAAGACGCGGAGGAGCUCGCCGCUGCGGCGGAGGCCUUCGCUGGGCGGCCGCUGUCCUUCUCGUUCGCCCGCACUGCGGACCGGGGUGCGCGGCUCCAUGUGUCGCAGCACCCGCUGGUGGCGGCAGCCUGUGGCUCGCUGGCCGCGAGUGGCCGGGCGCUGGUGGCGAUGUCUUUGUUGGAUGGUGAGUAUGUGGACGGCGUGCGGCUGAAGCCGGGCGGCGACCUUGCAGGAUUUCCUGUCGCCGCGCCAGCGUCUUCCUCCCGUGGACUGGUGCUCAAUGUUUCUGCUUCGGGUGGUGGCGGGAUGCGCGCCUCGGUUCCGCCGCGCGUCACCUGCCGCGCUUUCGAUUCCUAUGAUGGGCAGUCAGUGGAGCAGUGGGUAUUGCACGCGAUCUUGCCUCCAGUAGGACGCUUCGACCCUAUAACAAGCCCGCUGUAUGAGAAGACGCAGAAGCCGUUGCUCAUGCUAUUCGUGGAUACAUCCCGGCCGGAGUUGCCCGCCUUGUUGCAGUUGCUGCAAGCUGCCCACGAGCGGUAUAACGCAGAUAAUCUUAGGGUAAUAUUUCUUUAUAUAAACGGUGUGGCAUUCUUGCAUAGGAUGACGUCGCUGGGCUUGACUGCGGACCCGAAGCGACUGCCGGCGCUCGCUUUCAAUUUCGUCACCGCGCAGCUCCUCACAUGGCAGCCUCCAGCGGAGCAGUAUGCCGACGGGUCUGCCAGGCUCACGGCGGAUGUCCUGAAUUCUUUGGUGCAGCGGUACCUCUCUGGCAGUAACGAGCGCGCUUCAGAGGCUGAUGCCCCGAAGGCUGUCCCUGUGCCGAAGAGGAAGCCCGGGACUAAGCGAGACGUUCCGAGUUUAGAUACUCUAUCCCUCCAGCAGAGGCUGCGAUUCGUGACCGCGGUGAACGGCGAGGGCUUCUCGGAGGUAGUCUUGGAUUCCUCCAGGGACGUCGCUGUCUUCUUCUUCGCCUCCAGCGGCAAGGCCGCCGAGGCGUCGGAAAAGGUUGCGAUCUACGUCAACCGCUGCGCUGAGCGCUUCGAGGAGCUCAAGGUUCGCACGAUCCGCGUCGUGCGAUUCGACAUGUCUCUGUUCGCGGCGCCGCCUUCGGUGCAGGUCUCUGAGGUGCCGAGCAUGGUCUUUUUCCCUGCUUUCUCGAAGGAGCCGCCGUACCAGGUCUUCCGCGGGAAGUGGAAGGUGCAGCAGCUCAUGUGGUGGAUCCAGGACCGGGCCAGCUUGGGGUUCAGCUUGCCGGAGCUGCCGCACCUCGACGAGCAGGAGGCCGCGCUGUACUGGGAGCAGAAGGAGGGCCUGGACGAGGUUCGGCAGCGCAGGGUCGCCAGCGAGAACGAAGGCAGCAAGCGCCAGCGGCUCGAGCUGUGACUGGCGGCGCGGGCUGGCGGGUGGGCUCCACGUGCGCGUGGGUGACCAACAGUGCCAGCCAGGUUUGCGCGCCGGUGUCGAACAUAUAGUACGCAUGCGUGUUCGUGGCUGCUUGUGGAUAUUCCCGCAUGAUUGCACCGUCGGGCAGGAACUUGAAGGGAAGCAGGCGGCGGACAACGACCAGUUGAUCCUUCCCCUCCUCCCUUCCCGAAAGGAGGAACACACUCA